UUGAAACAUCACUUUCUUGCUCCCAAAGCAAAUCUUCUUCUUCUUCUUCCUUUGAGAUUCUCCAAGACACCAGCAAACAAACUAGCAGACUCUAUCGGACCGAGAACUAAAAGCUUAAAACCACAAAAAAAAAUUUUAAAUCUUGUCCGAAAUAAAUAAUGAGUUGCAAUGGCUGCCGCGUGCUCAGAAAAGGUUGCAGCGAGAACUGCAUCCUCAGGCCAUGUCUUCAAUGGAUAGAAACCGCCGACGCUCAGGGCCACGCCACCGUUUUCGUCGCUAAAUUCUUCGGCCGCGCCGGUCUCAUGUCUUUUAUCUCCGCCGUACCGGAAUCUCAACGUCCCGCUCUGUUUCAGUCUCUGCUCUACGAAGCUUGUGGGAGAACCGUGAAUCCAGUCAACGGAGCCAUCGGAAUGCUGUGGACGGGGAGCUGGAGUAUCUGCCAAGCUGCGGUUGAGACGGUGCUCCGCGGCGGUUCUUUGAGACCCAUCCCUGAGCUUCUCGCUCACGGCGGUGGAUUCGCGGGGUUUCCGUCGGUUACAUCUGAAGAGGCGUCUGAGAUCUGCACGGAGAAGUUGAAUCUUGGUUCCAGCGAUCGUAGCAUCUACCACCAUUCUAGAUUCUCAAGCUCUAGAUCAAGAUCCACUCUGGAUUCUCCUGCUAAGAAGCGUAAGCGAGUUGAGCUGGAUCUUUCACUGAACCCUGAUCUACCCAUUGAGACAGUUCCUUCUUCAACACGGCAGCGAUCAAGAACGCCGUCGAUGAACUCUGAGGAGGAGUCAGUGACCACGACGUCGUUUCCGGAUAACAAUGCCACUGGUGAGCGGUACGGAAACGGCGGAGGAGGAGAAGCGAGACAUCUGCUUAACCUUUUUGUUUAAGGAAACUUUGUCUGAUUUGAUUAGGUUUAGGAAAUGUAAUUUUACACAUUUUCUUCCCUCUUUUUUUUUUUCUUGUAUACAAAAAGUAUUUGGACCGGCGAGUUAACUAACUAUGCGGUUUUUGUUCUCUUGGGUUAGAGUGUUAUUAAUUAACCAAUGUUUCUCUUAACUUUAUUAGGUGAAAAAUACAAUGUCGACCGUGAUGAUC